UCAGAUAACCACUGACUUAAUUUGUGAAUAAGUAAUCAAAAAGCUCUGAUAAGCAUCUUGUCACGGCCCCUUUAACCUUGUAAGUUGGUAGACAAAGUAAACCAUUUAAAUUAUCUGAAAUGUAUUUGGCAACUUGCAUAAGUUAAUCGUAAUUUGCCUCCUGCAGCGACCAGUUGAAAAUACACAGCAUGGCUGCACAUUUUGACGAAAAUACGAAACAACCGAUAAUUUCCACAACACAUGGACAAGUGCGUGGGCAAUUGCGUGAUACCGUUUAUGGCGAUCAGUAUUAUUGUUUCGAUGGUAUACCCUACGCCAAGCCGCCGUUGGGAGAACUCCGUUUCAAGUCACCACAGUCAGUUGAUCAUUGGGAGUGUGUGCGCGAUUGCACUGAAAUCGCACAAUGCAUACAAUAUAAUCGUUAUACCGAUACCAUUGAGGGUUCCGAAGAUUGUCUAUAUCUGAAUAUUUAUGCCAAGAAGCUUAAGUCGGAAAAACCACUGCCUGUUAUGGUUUAUAUACAUGGUGGUGGUUUCACAACUGGCAGUGCGUCUCGUCUUAACUGGGGACCAGACUACUUCAUGAUGAGAGAUGUGAUAUUCGUAACAAUUGGACAUCGUGUGGGAGCGCUGGGUUUCCUCAGUUUCCCAGAACUUGAACUGCAGGUUUCCGGAAAUGCCGGACUCAAAGAUAUUGUAGCAGCAUUAAAAUGGCUUAAAAUAAAUUAUCACAAUUUCAAUGGCGAUCCAGACAAUAUUACGCUCUUUGGACACAGCGCGGGUGGUGCCGCCACUCAUAUACUUAUGAUGGCACCGCAAUGCGAGAGGCUAUUUCACAAAGCCAUACUCAUGUCCGGCACAGUUAUACACAUUCGCGAAAUACCCAAUUUACAGCUCCGUUUCGCCAAACAUGUUGGUUAUGAAGGUUCCGAAGACAACGAAAGCAUAUUAAAGUAUCUGCAUGGACUUGAAGCGAAGAAAUUAACCAACGUUGAUUUCCUAACUAAAGAAGAAAAAGAUCGAAAUUUAACCUAUCUAUUCUUUCCGACAAUAGAAAAUGCCAACACAGUGGAUGCAAUAAUUACUAAAGAUCCAUUCGAGGCGUUUGCUGAAAUAACGGCUUGGUCCCAUAGAAUGCCGUUAAUGUUGGGUGGCACCUCUUUGGAAUCACUCUUGAGUUACAAGUUCUACACAACUACUCCGGAGCUCUACGAUAUGCUUAAUUUGCAUCCAGAAUACGUGCUCUCCAGCGAAAUAAUUCGAAAAUGCGAUUUGCUAACGCAAAAAGCGCUAGCAAAGAAGUUAAUCAAAUUGCAUAUAGGCAAUGAAGUAAUGAAUAAAGAGAAUGCGCUAAGCCUGAUAAAAUUAGCAUCGUAUGGCUCUUAUUACCAUCCCAUGCACCGCUAUAUGUGUGCCCGUCUUCAGCGUGCGAUAGCACCAACGUAUCUCUAUCGCUUCGACUUUGACUCGCCGGAUUUCAAUUUGUAUCGCAUUAAAAAGUGUGGUCGAAAUGUGCGAGGCGUAGCGCACGUCGAUGAUCUCUCCUAUAUAUUUUACAUGCCAGAAUCGUUUAAGUUGGCACGUGACUCUGCUGAGUUCCGUACCAUAGAAUAUAUGUUGGAUUUAUUUACAACAUUCGCCGGCACUUCCGACCCUAAUGUAGGCUCCAUUAAGCCAACUGUUUGGGAACCGCUGGCGGCAUUUGGCGAACACAAAUGUUUGAAUAUCUCCAACGAAAUUAGUUUUGUGGAUUGGCCCGAAUCGGAAAUAUGUAAGAUUUAUGAUGAAUACUACAAAGAGGCGGGUGUGAAGCUAUUUGCACAGAAGGAUGGAGAAUGCAUUAUCUCCUUACCAUUGGGCGGAAUUAAGGGGCGAGAAUCCAAAACUAUCUACGAUCAGAAAUUUUUUAGUUUCGAGGGUAUACCUUAUGCGCAACCACCAUUAGGCGAGUUGCGUUUCCGUGCGCCAGCGCAGGUCGAACCAUGGAAAGGCGUUAAGGACUGUACGAAAUGCGCUAGCAAGCCGUUACAGUUAAAUCCAGUCAAUGAGAGCAUAGAAGGGUCCGAAGAUUGUCUUUACCUAAAUGUCUAUGCAAAACGCCUAAAUUCGGAAAAACCACUGCCUGUUCUGGUAUUUAUACCCGGCGGGUCUUUUCGUGCAGGCGGCGCCAGAAGAGAAACUUUGGGUCCCGACUACUUUAUGAAUGAAGAUGUGGUGCUUGUUACCUUUAAUUAUCGACUAUGUGCUUUAGGCUUUCUCAGUCUCGCCGAUCCCUCACUGAGUAUACCUGGAAAUGCUGGUCUCAAGGACCAAGUAUUGGCACUCAAGUGGGUUAAGCAGUACAUAUCGCAUUUCAAUGGCGAUCCUAAGAAUGUUACGGUUUUUGGCUCAAGCGCCGGUGCUGCUUCAACCCACUUGCUGAUGCUCUCUGAGCAAGCCCGUGAUCUCUUCAAACGUGCUAUUGCCAUGUCUGGUUGUGCUCUAAAUUAUUGGGUUAAUAUGCCGCAAACAAAUAUGGCCUACCGUUUGGCGAAAUUCCAUGGAUAUAAUGGCGACAAUAUCGAUGCCAGCGUUUUGCAAUUUCUAAAUAAGCUAGACCCUGCAAAACUGGUUGUGCACUCUUUAUUGAACAAAGACGAACAGCGUAAAUCCUACAUGUUUCCAUUCGGUCCGAUUGUUGAACCAUAUAUAGAAGAGGGUUGCAUUAUACCGGAGCGCCCAUUUAAUAUGCUGAAGAAUGCAUGGAGCAAUAAAAUCUCAAUGAUGAUCGGUGGCACCUCAUUUGAAGGUCUCUUUAUGUACAGUACACUCAAGAGGAAUCCUGAUAUUAUGAAACUUCUAUACAACGAACCGGCAUUAAUACUGCCAGAAGACGUUUACAACUCAAAUACUACAAAAGAAAAUAAGCGAAUGGGCGAACAACUAUUGAAAUUGCAUUUCGGCGAGAAAGAGCCGAAUGAUCACUCGCUACUUCAUUAUUUAGAUAUUUAUAGCUAUAAAAUCUUUUGGCACGACUUCCAUCGUACUAUUUUGGCGCGCUUAAGCUUUGCGCUGGCCCCCACUUUUCUGUAUCGUUUUGGCUUCGACUCACCAGAUUUCAAUCCAAAUCGCAGGCGAUACUCAGAUGAAAAGGUUCGCGGUGCAUCCCAUGGCGAUGACCUGUGCUAUUUAUUCCAUGCACGCGAUGCACGAAAGUUGUAUCCAAACUCGGCCGAAUAUAAAACCAUAAAGCGUAUGAUAAGUAUGUGGACGACAUAUGCCACUACUGGUGAUCCCGAUUCGCAAACAACGGAUCCGAUUAUUUGGGACGCCGUAACGAAGUAUUACAAUCUGCGGGGAGUUAAUAUUGGUCAACACUUGGAAUUCAAAACGAUUCCAGAAGUAGACAAGUUGGAAGCCGAAAUUCCACAAAUCGCACUGCCACUGGGUGUGAUCCAAGGAAAACACUGCCAGACCGUUUACGCGCAUGAUUACUACAGUUUUGAGGGUAUACCCUAUGCGAAGCCGCCCUUAGGAGAGUUGCGCUUCAAGGCGCCGCAGCCGAUCGAGCCUUGGAGCGGAGUCAAGGAUUGUACGCAAUGCGCUAGCAAGCCGUUGCAAAAGAAUUCGCGCACAGGCGGUGUGGAGGGCUCGGAGGAUUGCCUAUAUUUAAAUGUUUAUACAAAAGAGCUGCAAUCAGAACAACCUCUGCCGGUGUUGGUAUUUAUUUACGGCGGCGCAUUCUAUACAGGGGAAGCCACAACGAAUGUUUACAGUCCGGACUAUUUUAUGAGUGAGCAAGUGGUAUUGGUUACGUUCAAUUAUCGACUCUGUUCUUUGGGUUUUCUUAGUCUCGCCGAUCCAGCGCUACAAGUGCCGGGAAAUGCUGCGCUGAAAGACCAACUGCUUGCACUCAAAUGGGUGAAACAGUACAUUUGUCACUUCAAUGGUGAUCCCGAUAAUAUAACGCUUUUUGGUGAAAGUGCCGGCGCUGCCAGCGCUCAUGCGAUUACGCUUAGUGCACAGUCAAAAGAUAUCUUUCAACGCGUCAUACUUAUGUCGGGAAGUGCGCUAUGUUACUGGGUAAAUAUGCCACAAACUGAUAUGGCCUACAGAUUGGCGAAAUUUCACGGCUUUAAUGGUGACAAUAAUGAUGCAGAAGUUUUGAGCUUUCUGCAGCAAUUAGAGCCGGACAAAUUGGUGAAACAUUCUUUGCUCCACGAAGAGGAACGCAGAAAAUUAUACAUGUUUGCUUUUGGACCAGUUAUUGAACCGUAUGUUAGUGAGAAUUGUAUAUUGUCGCAACGGCCAUUUGAGCUGCUGAAAAAUACAUGGAGUAAUCGUAUACCGAUGAUUAUUGGUGCAAAUUCCUUCGAAGGACUCUAUAUGUAUCAGCGUCUCAAAAUGUUUCCGCAUAUAAUGCGUACACUUAUUAAUGAUCCAGAGCGUAUUUUGCCGGAGGAUGCUAAGGCUGCGCAUACACCGGAAGAGCUGCAAGCAAUGGGUGAAAAAUUAUUAAAAUUGUUUUUUGGCGCCAAAACGCCAAGUGAUCGUUCAGUAUUCAAAUUUCUGGAUAUUUAUGGCUACAAAAUAUUCUUACACGAUAUCCAUCGUACUGUUUUGGCACGCUCGGCAUAUGCUAGCCAACCCACGUAUGUUUAUCGUUUCGAUUUUGACUCGCCCGAUUUUAAUCUAUAUCGCGCUAAAUAUUGUGGCAAUGAUCCGGUGCGUGGUGUGUCUCAUGCUGAUGAUUUAUCGUACACAUUUUUCUCCAAUGACUCUUGGAAAGUUGGCUUGGAUUCGGCAGAAUAUAAGACUAUUCGAAGACUAAUUGCUAUGCUAACUGCUUUUGCCGCUAACUCUGAUCCUAAUUGCGAUGAAAUCAAACCAGUUUGUUGGACACCACUAAAAGAUUCUGAGCCGAAUAUGGCUUUGAAUAUUAGCUAUGAUUUGAAAAUGAUGGAGCUACCGGAGACUGUUAAAUUACACGCACUAGAUGAGUUAUUCACUUACAGAGAGCAACUAUAUUGAAUACUCAGUUCGAAAAUGAAUUUAUACUAUAAUACGUAUGGCCCCCUGUGUUAUCAUUAUUACUAAUUAAUCUUAAUUAAAUCUGAAAAGUUCAAUAAAUUCGUUUUUCACCGUGUUU